UAAUUGUCAACUUUCGACAAAUUUCGUCAGCCACGCGAACACAAGCCUGAUGUUACAAAAUAAUUUGCCGGGUGGCAAAAUCUAGUAAUCCAUACGGUUUCAUAGUUUUAAAUGAAAAACAUUCUAGCGCUACUGCAUAACUGUAGUGUUUUUAGUAAACAUCUGCCAGCAGUAUUUCCCCAGUUCAGACUUUCACACAAUCUUCCACACUGGGGAAGUAACAAAACUCAUCGAAAAAUCAAGAUCAGCAAUCCAUUCCGAGAAAUAAUUAUGGCCGAUCCCAAGAUUGAAGAAAUCCUCGCUCCGCUUCGUGCGUGCGUUAAGGAACAAGGAGAUUUAGUCAGAAAACUAAAAGAUGAAAAAGCACCUGAAAUAGACAUCAAAAAGGCUGUUGCUGAAUUAAAAACUCGAAAGAAGAUACUAGAAGAUAAAGAAUUAAGCUUAGCGCCCACAGAAGAAUUAUUUGACCGCUCGAAAAUGGAAGAUCUCAUCAAGAGGAGAUUCUUCUAUGAUCAAUCUUUCGCCAUUUAUGGUGGUAUUACUGGUCAAUUUGAUUUUGGACCGAUGGGAUGUGCACUUAAAAGCAAUAUGAUUCAGUUAUGGAGAAAGUACUUCAUUCUUCAAGAGCAGAUGUUGGAAGUUGACUGUUCAAUAUUAACACCCGAACCUGUGUUGAAAGCUUCUGGGCAUGUUGAGAGAUUUGCCGACCUCAUGACUAAAGAUAUCAAAUCUGGAGAGUGCUUUAGGCUAGAUCACCUCAUCAAAGCUCAUUUGGAGAAAAUUAAGAGUGAGAAAAAUACCAGUGCAGAGCUAAAGGCGGAAAUUGAAGAUAUUCUUGUCAAGCUAGAUGGGAUGAAUUCUGAUGAAAUGUCUGCACUCAUGAAAAGGUUUGACAUGAAAUCACCUAUCAGCGGCAAUGAACUGACUCCACCGAUCGAGUUCAACCUCAUGUUUAACACACAGAUUGGCCCAUCUGGUUUGGUGAAAGGCUUUCUUAGACCAGAGACAGCGCAAGGCAUCUUUGUAAACUUUAAACGUCUCUUAGAAUUCAACCAAGGUCGGCUUCCAUUUGCCGCAGCUCAAAUAGGCAACUCAUUCAGAAAUGAAAUCUCCCCAAGAUCUGGACUCCUCAGGGUCAGAGAGUUCACCAUGUGUGAAAUAGAGCAUUUCUGUGAUACAAAAGAUCACCCUAAGUUUGAAUCUGUUAAAAAUACCCAGAUGUUAUUCUACUCAGCUGAUAGCCAAGAACAGGGAAGACCAGCUGAAGUGUUAACUAUAGGAGAAGCUGUGGCCAGAGGCACUGUUAACAAUGAAACCUUAGGAUACUUCAUGGCCAGGAUUCAUUUGUACAUGAUAGCUGUGGGCAUUGACCCAAAGAAGCUCAGGUUCAGGCAACAUAUGGGCAAUGAAAUGGCUCACUAUGCAUGUGAUUGCUGGGACGCUGAGUGCCUAUCCAGUUAUGGAUGGGUCGAAUGUGUGGGCUGUGCUGACAGAUCAGCAUAUGACCUCACACAACACUCAAAGGCAACUGGUACGAGACUUGCAGCCGAGAAAAAACUCCCUGCCCCAAAGCAGAUUGAAGUUGUGGAAGCAGUGGCAAAUAAAGCUGCAAUUGGUAAAGAAUUCAAGAAAGAUGCAAAGGCAAUCAAUGAUGGACUAGCAGCAAUGGAUUCCACUGCUUUAGAACAACUCCAAGAGAAAUUAGAUAGUGAUGGUGAAUAUGUACUUAACACACCAAAUGGUGAUUUCAAACUUACUCCAAAGCUUGUGAACGUCAAGAAGAGUCAGAAGACCAUUCAUGUAGAAGAAAUUAUACCAAGUGUUAUAGAACCAUCGUUCGGUGUGGGAAGAAUUCUGUAUUGUAUUUUGGAACAUAACUUCAAGAUGAGGGAAGGGGAUGAACAGAGAACCUACUUCUCGUUGCCAGCCACUGUCGCUCCUAUGAAGUGUGCUGUUUUGCCACUCAGUGGAAACACUGAAUUCCAACCAUUCGUAAGAGAAUUAUCUCAAGAACUAACUUCUGUAGAUGUGUCACAUAAAGUAGAUGAUUCUUCUGGCUCAAUCGGCAGACGGUACGCUAGAACAGAUGAGCUUGGUGUGCCGUAUGCGAUCACAGUAGACUUUGAUACUAUGAAGGAACCGCACACAGUGACUCUUAGAGAAAGAGAUAGCAUGGGCCAAAUUCGGCUACCAUUACAAGAUGUACCAACUAUAGUGAGAGAUCUCACUAAUAGUAAAAUAUUGUGGGCUGACGCUGAGGCACAGUACCCUAAAUUUGAACAGCAAGAAAAUGUCAAAGGUGCAGCAGCAUAAUGUACCGCAAAUUAAUAUUAGCACAGGUGCUCCUGAUAGUUAAAAUGUAUCAAUAAUUAUACAAUAUUUAUUGUUUUAGCUUAAGAUCGAAAUUUUGCAAAUUUAUGAAAAUAAAAAUGCUUAUACAAAAA